AUAAAUUCAUUGGAGGAUUUCUACGAAGCCUUAACCAAACACCCAACAAGAAGCUAAGAAAGUCUCUCAUUACUAUGGAUUCAUGUUCAUCGAAAAAACCCAUCACAUUAUGUUUGGGGAUAUUUCUAUUCCUAUUCCUUGUCGGAAUGGCCUAUGCUCAGUUAUCCUCAAAUUUCUACUCAUCAUCAUGCCCUAAUCUCCUUCCGACGAUAAGAGCAGUAAUCGACUACAUAGUGUCUCACGACAAUCGCAUGAUGGCGUCCUUGCUCCGUCUUCACUUCCAUGAUUGCUUUGUUAAUGGAUGUGAUGCAUCAAUUCUUUUGGAUGACACGGAGACCUUCAUCGGAGAGAAAACAGCUCCUCCAAACAACCAUUCAUUGAGAGGAUAUGACUUAAUCGAUGCCAUUAAAUCUCAAGUGGAAAGUUGGUGCCCCGGUAUUGUUUCUUGUGCUGAUAUUUUAGCUAUUGCUGCUCGAGAUGCGGUUGUCACGGUAAAGAAAAAAUCUUUGAUAAUCUAGUUUGUUCAUUUUUUAGAUCCUUGUAAAUAUAUUGUUAAUUAAAAAACUCAAAUUGAUCCGAUUAUUUUAACCAAGUUAUAAAUAAAUGAUUUAUUUUCAAAAUAAUUCUUACUGUCCAUUUUUUUUU